UGGGCUUGUACGGUAUAAUACACUUAAAAACGAGGGCCGAAAGUCGAAACCAAUUUUUGGCGAACAGAGGCGUUUUUUGAACUUUCGAGUUCUCUUCUUUCUCUCACUUUUUUUUCAAUUCCGCUUCUCCGUCUUCGGUGACAAACAUGUCUCAGUUUCUUCCGCACUUCUCUUCUUCUUCCAUGGCGAAUGAAGACGAAAUUCGUUCUUCCCUGGAGCCUUCGCAGCAAUCUCAGGAUUAUAUUUCAGAGCCGUACAUGGUGGGAUUCGUCAUCGCGAACAUAGUAGGGUUAAAGUACUACGCAGGGCGAAUCAACGGCCGAGAAUUGGUGGGUCUGGUUCGAGAGCCCCUGAACCAGUAUGACCAGAACGCAAUCAGAGUAUUGAACAUGCGAUCCGUUCAAGUAGGUCACAUCGAGCGUACGGUAGCCGCAGUUCUCUCGCCGUUGAUAGACUCUCACAGGAUCGUCGUCGAAGGUAUCGUACCCAAUACUCGUUCUAGCACCAAUAAGUUUAAAAUCCCUUGUCAAAUCCACAUCUUUGCAAAGUUAGAAGAGUCCUCCGCUGUGAAAUCAGCGAUUUCGCGAGCUGGGUUGGUGUUGAUUUCGGAUUCCGAUGCAUCGUUUGGGUUAUCAGAGGCUGUUGUGGUGAAGGAACAGAUGGGUAAUGGAGAUAAUAAGAGCGUGGACAAGAUUUUCAAACUAGUUGAUAAGAAUGUGAGGCAGAAGGAGAAAAUGGAUGAGGUUAAGCCGCCGAGGGAAGUGAUAAAGUCGGAACUCUUUGCUCAUCAGAAGGAAGGAUUGGGUUGGUUACUCGAGAGGGAGAAAUCUGCAGAGUUGCCUCCUUUUUGGGAGGAGAAAGAUGGAGAAUUCCUAAACGUCCUGACGAAUUACCGCACGGAUAAGCGGCCUGAAUCUUUGCGUGGAGGGGUGUUUGCUGAUGAUAUGGGUUUGGGUAAGACACUUACUUUGCUUUCCCUGAUAGCUUUUGAUAGAUAUGGCAAUGCAUCCACCAGUGCGCCGACUGAAGAACCUUUGGAUGUAGAAGGAGACAAGAUUGAAAAGAAGGGUAAAAAGAGAGGAAGGGGUAAGAGCAGUGAUAGUGGAACUCGAAAGAAGCUUAAAUCUGAUGAUGGUGUUGGCAUGAGUGUGUCUCAAAAGACAACGUUGAUCGUUUGUCCACCUUCUGUGUUUUCAACAUGGAUUACACAGCUAGAGGAUCAUACUGUACGGGGAAGCUUGAAAGUGUAUAUGUAUCAUGGUGGCGAAAGGACAGACGAUGUUAAUGAGCUUAUGAAGCAUGAUAUAGUGCUGACUACUUACGGGACUUUGGCUGCUGAGGAACCGUGGGAAGAUUCUCCUGUCAAAAAGAUGGAGUGGCUGAGAAUAAUUCUGGACGAGGCACACACCAUUAAGAAUGCAAAUGCUCAGCAGAGCCGAGCGGUUUGUAAACUGAAGUCUUCCCGCAGAUGGGCUGUCACAGGAACUCCUAUCCAGAAUGGUUCAUUUGAUUUGUACUCUUUGAUGGCGUUUCUCCGGUUUGAGCCGUUUUCAAUAAAGAGUUAUUGGCAAAGCUUGAUACAACGCCCGCUUAGUCAAGGGAACAAGAAGGGGCUUUCACGUCUGCAGGUGUUGAUGGCGACUAUUUCGUUGAGGAGAACAAAAGAAAUGAGUUCGAUUGGUUUGCCACCUAAGACGGUUGAAACUUGCUAUGUUGAACUCUCACCGGAAGAACGUCAGUUAUAUGAUCACAUGGAAGGAGAAGCCAAAGGUGUUGUGCAGAAUCUUAUAAACAGUGGAAGCUUGAUGCGCAACUACUCGACAGUUUUGAGUAUAAUCUUACGGCUUAGACAGCUUUGUGACGACGUUUCUCUAUGCCCUCCAGAAUUAAGAUCUUUUUCCACUUCUACGUCUGUUGAAGAUGUGACUGAUAAGCCAGAGCUGCUGCAAAAGCUGGUUGCAAUAUUGCAAGAUGGAGAAGAUUUUGACUGUCCAAUUUGCAUAUCUCCACCAAGAGACAUCAUCAUCACUCGAUGUGCUCACAUCUUUUGCAGGGCCUGUAUUCUCCAAACCCUUCAAAGAACUAAACCCUCUUGCCCUCUUUGCCGUGGUUCUCUAACCCAAUCCGAUCUCUACAAUGCUCCUCCUCCUCCUCCGGAUACUUGCAAUACUGAUGAAGGAGACGCAAAAUCUUCGACCAAUUCCUCAAAGGUUUCGGCUUUACUAUCCCUUCUCAUCGCAUCGAGACAGGAAAACCCCAACACAAAGUCUGUGGUGUUCUCUCAGUUCAGGAAAAUGCUGCUUCAACUAGAAAUGCCGCUGAAAGCUGCGGGUUUCACCAUCUUACGCUUGGAUGGGGCAAUGACUGUGAAGAAACGGACACAAGUCAUUGGAGAGUUUGGGAAACCGGAGUUAACCGGACCCGUGGUGUUGCUUGCGAGCCUCAAGGCAUCUGGUGCUGGUAUAAACCUUACUGCAGCCUCGAGGGUUUACAUGUUUGACCCUUGGUGGAAUCCUGCUGUUGAAGAACAGGCCAUGGACAGGAUUCAUAGGAUUGGGCAAAAGCAGGAGGUUAAAAUGAUAAGGAUGAUUGCGAGAAACAGCAUCGAAGAGAGGGUCCUUGAGCUUCAGCAGAAGAAGAAGAAUCUUGCAAACGAAGCUUUUAAAAGAAGGCAUAGGAAAGAUCAAAGAGAGGUCAAUGUCGAAGACGUGAUUGGUCUCAUGUCUCUGUGAAGUCUGAAUGCCUGUUUUUUUUUUUUCUUCGUUCUCUUAAGAUGAACCGGUGCGUGAAACAUAUGUGAUGUGGGACAUGGAUGGUUACUCAAUCCCAGCUGAAAAUCUCUUCCCUUAUACGAUUAGGGAGCAAAUCAAAUCAAGAAUAGAAAAGGAGGGUUUUUAUGGGCCUGUGUCCUUCUCGGUGUAUGGGUGUUGGAAUACAUGGUCGACUGAACUGGAAAACCGACUUUGCAGAGCCGACUUUGAUACCAAUCUUAUCGAAGGGGGGAAACUUGAGAGGCUUCACGCAAUUAUAGUAGACCUUGUUGCCUCGUCAUGUCUCAUGUUUGAGCCAACAAAUUUGCUGAUAGUCUCUGAAAACAAGGAGAUGAUGGAACAAAACCGAAGAUUCUCCCGUCUUCGUGAAGCUUUAGAAGGUAGAGGUUUCACUAUUACCGUCGCACAGCUUGAGACACUCAUGGACCCAGAGUUUCAAAUGCCUUAUUAUAUCGUAGCUGAUGAUGAUGAUGAUCUCGAUUCACGCGGAUGCUCACAAGAAGCUGCCUGAAUGGGCCAAGUAAGAAACUGCCUCUCAAUAGGCUUGUGAAGAUAUCUCCCCUGUUUUCGGUUUAGUUUAACUUUUAUGAUCGGUUUCGUUAUUUUAAGACUCUUAUUACUUCGGACAAGAGAAGACCAGAACGCAGCUCUAAUACGAUAAGGCAUGUAAAAAGUACUCGUAAACAUUUAUACAAUGAUUUAUGAAAAAUAACAUAAUGUAAGUUUUCAUGAUUAGUCUAUAUCCGUUAGUGAGAA